AUGCCCAUCGGAAAGGGUGUACGACAAGGCGAAAGUAUUUCGCCGAAGCUGUUCACGGCCGCAUUGCAAUGGAUAAUGCAAUCACUUCUUGGGAAGAAAGAGGCAUACAUGAUAACUGGCUGGUUGAGCAUUUCUUAUGAGGAAAUGGCUAACAACACUUCAAAGUUUCCUGAAUUCAUACUCGAAAAGGAGUUUCAAUGUCAUAACACAGCUCUUAUAAAAGAUGUUGUAUGUAAAACGAUACACAGAUUUGUUAAUCAUCCGCAAGAUGUUCGAUUAUCGAUUACGGUCUCAUUUCAACCGCAUGACCUCUCGAACGAAGCUUCACAUGAACAGGAAGCAAUAGCAGUGAUACAAGUGGACAAACCUGGAAAUUUCUAUCCUGGUGGGCACGAACAACGAAUUAGAGACAAAGAGAUCGAAGUUCUACGUCAAGUAGAGAAAGCAAAACAAAAAGAAAGGCGUGAAAUGCGCAGAUUAUUCCGCGAACAAGAAGAACGUAAGCGUAAAAAAAUGGAACAAGGAUUGAAACGACCAGGUGGCACCAGCGGCGUAACGGAACGUAUGACCAAAGUUGCGCCGCCACUUCCAUUUAAAGCUGAAAUUCGUCAACUACCAACCGGUGAAAUGUAUGCCGUACGUGAAUGGAUCUAUGAUCGUGUUCGUAAGAGCAGCCCAAAGAGAUCCGUGCCAAAAGUGCCGCCGUCCACGGAACCAUCGCCGGCACUUGAGAUGGGCGAAAAGCAGAAAAGUUUGAGCUUGCAGGAGAUUAGAAAACCAAGCCUUGAAGAAAUGCCAGCAGUACGCGAAGUUGGCGAGCCACGAGAUGACGUAACAGAUCGUGAUGUUUCUUCGUUAGAACCUUGCGAUAUAGAAUCAUACAUAGAACAACCGAAUAAAUCGAAAUUCACCUACACAGCACUUCCAUCUGAUUCUCGAAUAGAAGCUAAGGAACCUUUGAAUGUAGAAGGAUCAAUAAAAUUGGAGGAUGAUGGACGAUCAGCGAAAGUUGUGGCUUAUAUUAGUGUAGGAUGA